AAUUAUCUUUCAGAAAAACAACCGUUAGGUAAACAAACUCAAUAUACCCUCGUAUAUCGGGCAUAUGUUUAUAUCGUAUGUAAACAGAAACACAUGCAUUCACUGCCCGUAAAAUUCAAACAGAUUCAAUGCACAAUUGAACGAAUGAACGACUGUGGCGGCAGAACGAUUGGGAUAGCCGUUGAGCUCAAACAUAUGAAGCGGAGCAAGCAAAAGUGUGUGUAACGCGAUAUUUGCGAGUAUUUUUCUUUCGAUUUGAAUAUUUAUUUCUAAUUGCGAAUAAAGUUUUUGUUAUUCGGCUCGGUUUCCAGGAAAUAAAUAAGUAAAAAGUUUUCCAUGAAGUGCACUUAAAUUACAUCUUCCGUUUGUAGUGAGAAACCAUUAAAUGUUGUAGGAAUUCAGGCGGAAUUCGCAAGCAAAUGGUGUUCUAUAAAUAUAGUACAUACAUAUGUAUAUUUCUGAAAAAUUUUGAGAACGAAAAUAUUUAUUAAUGAACCCAACCAAUCCACUUUACCUUAUUUUUAAAGAAAAAAUAUUAUCGGCAAAAAGUGUAAUAAUAUGUAAUGUGCUUGACUGCAGUUUGAACUUCUCUAUAUUCUUACCCAUUAAGCGCAAGAAUAAUAGCAGAAAGCAGAAAUAAUAAAAAUAACAACUAAUAAUAAAAAACAAAUUGCAAAAAACGCGAAAAAUUGCAACGUGUACGUGGAGAAUUUAUUAGGUUAUUAUGUCUUUGCUGGUGCACAAUAAGUGGAAUAUGAAAAAUAAGUAAGCAAAAAAAAGAACACACAAAAAAAUCUGGAGGAAGAGCCAAACAACCUGUGUGCACAUGGAAAUUAUUCUCUCUUGAUAAAUUGUCUUCAAUUGGGACAAGGGAGAAAAUCAGCCAACAGUGGAUUCUUUGUACUUCCAUUAACGCGAAAGACUUCAACUCUCUAUUAGCUGGAGGGAUUAUUUAGAAUAACAUGAAUACAUCAACAACAACAUACCGUUGUCGAUCUAGUGAUGAAGCGCUCGAUGAACAUUUGAAACUACAACGUCAGCAAGCAAUGCCAAUGACGAUGAGCAGCAGCAACACGCGUAAACAGUUGGGUGGCACUACAAUCAUACCAUCCACACCACCACCACCAACUGUGCCAGAGCCCAUGCGUCUACGUACAGAUUCUAAUGCGACGAGCAUUUAUGUGAUUGGCGCAGAUUCAAGCACACGACCACCAUUCGGUGGUGGUGGCGGCGGCAGUGGGUCGCUGGUCAGUGCAGAUAGUAAUCCGGCAACAAUGGAACGUCGACAACACAAUCGCAUGUCUUGGGUGAAUAUGCGUAGAUUUGGUCAAGACGCGUCGUCGCAUCUUGAGAGCGGUGGCGGUGGCAGUGGCAGAGGCGGAGUGACAAUAACACCUUCACCACAAACAACUCGAAGUUACAUCUCCACAGUAUCCACCAUUACUGCCACAACAGGCACGGGAGGAGGUACGCUGAGAAGUCGUAUUGAUGGUUAUGGUGGUGGUGGCGGUGGAGGGCCGGGCGGUGUUGGUGUACACAUUGGUAAUGGCACAAUUAGCGGACGCACUACAGCUGCCUCAGGUCGUAUGAGCACUAGUGGCGGUACUACCAUCAGCGGUAGCAACAAUACUCUAAACGAUAUUAUCUCCGAUUAUCACAGUCACGAGGCGGCGAGCAGUAAUGAUUUCCAUUACACCAACACAGUUGUGGCAUCUACACCACAUAUGAAGAAUCUGUCGAGUAAUGGGAGUUUUAAUAUUACCAAUGGCAGUACGGUGAAGCUGUUGCCGGUAACGGACGAUGAGUCAAAUCAGCAGACAAAAUGCUCGAUAUUUCGUGGACUAGUACUAUGCAUCUGUUUGAAUGUCACCUACGCCAAUGUAGUUCGUUUCCCGAGAGAAUUGGACAGAUACGGCUCGUCGUAUUUAAUUCCAUAUAUAACACUCUUGUUUCUAGUCGGUUUGCCAAUCAUUUUAUUGGAAAUGUCAGUUGGACAAUUCUUGGGUCAGAGUGCAGCGCACACAUGGACUGCCGCUCCCAUAUUUAAAGGCGCCUGCAUCAUCAGCCGUUUCGCAUCAUGGCUAUCGACAAUUUGGGUAUCACUGCAAGCGGUCUUGGCGGUGGCCUACAUUGGCAUGUUCAUCUUCAAUACGCUGCCAUUUCGGGAGUGUGUGGGCAAUGUGAAGAUGAUGUUGAGCGGCUACACGGUGACCGGCAAUAGUGGCCAAGAAUGUUUGCAGCGCACAUUUUUAACACCGUUUUGGGAGAACCCAAUGUAUUUUGGCAUGUUGGCUGUCGGCUUAAUUGGCAUUUGGAUUGUUGUGAUGUUGUGCACACACAAUGGCCGUUUCCUACGCCGCAGCCUCUUCUUCUUCGGUAUACUGGGAUUCCUACUGCUCUGCUGCCUAACCGGCUGGGAGGUGCAUAACUCUUUCCAGCGUUCCUACUUUCCCGAGCUAUGGCCGUUCGACUCAUCACUGUUAAUGGACUCUAACAUCUGGUUCAAUGCGCUUAUGCAAGUACUUUUCGCCACCAAUUGUGGUUUUGGCGCCUUACCUGCCAUCACAGGGAAAUUUCUCUACAAAGGUGAUGCCGUACGCACCUCGAUUGUUUAUCUCUGCUUCAAUCUGCUUGUGAAUGCAAUUGCUGUUACAUUGUUUAUGGUACAAUUUGAUCUCUCCGCCAAUAGUGGAUCCAUGAUUGACGAGUUAAAGCCGCUCACAGCCGUUUACGAUCGCGUUUUGUAUGACCGUCCAAACAAUGAACUAAUUGCACGCACCAUACCCGUACUCAUUUAUGCGCUGGUCGUGAUUUCUGCUGUUGUCGCGCUGACAGUGUCCAUCUAUACGGUCACACGUUUGGUGCCGCGCCAUCCGAAUUACGUCAUCAGCUUGGUGGCGCUUGUGAUGACGAUAAUUUCAUUGGCAGCGCCGAAAUUUAUCAUUGCGCGCAUCUUAGAUACACGUAUCGUCGGUACAAUCUUAAUUACUGCACUUGUAUUUGAAUUGAUUGCGAUCAGUUGGAUUUAUGGCGUCAAGAAUAUCUACACUGAUUUGGAAUUCUCCAUCGGACGGCCGAUCUUCAAAGGUUGGAUGUGGUUGUGGUGCAUUUGCCCAGCCAUACUUACGGCGCUGCUUGUAUGGUGGUGUUCUGAUGACGAUCAGUAUGAUCUACUUGCGGAAUAUGUGCCGCGUUGGGCGCCCAUUUUGCUCACCUUGGCGGUGAUUUUCAUAAUAGCUUGCGUGCAAAUAUUCCGUCAAGUGGAGUACAAUUUCUUUGGUAUGAUCUGUGAGGCGUCGAAGCCGGCGAAAGAGUGGGGUCCUACUGAUCCGCUGGCACGUCAUGCCUGGAAGCAAUGGCGCUCGGUGUGUCAGGAUACUGGACGACGGGAUUUCACACUGAGACGGCGUGGCACACGCGACUACACGCACUCCAUCAAGAAGGGGCAAUACUCGAAUGCGAGUAAAUAUGUCAACGGCCACGCCACGCAACAGAACUGGAAGCAGUCGACUACGGGCAACAGUUCACCCAACUACAGUGGCUCCAUGUUCGGCGACUCGGCCAUUGAGGAGGACAUUAGUGUCGAUAAGUUUCCGGGCGUGUCACAACAGUUCGUACCCUUUCAGGGUACUGAUGGCAAGCCAUUUAGAUAUUCAAAUCGUUCACGUGCACAACCCCAACAGCGGACGAGUGCGCAGCAGCAACAACAACAAUACAAAGAGUCACACAAACAAACCCAUAAACAUUACCAACAGCAACAAGAAGAUGAAACUUUACCCACACCUCCACCACCACCGCCACCCAGUCAUGUGCACGCAUCCAUGCGUCCGCCCUCCAUGCACAUCGAGAAGCAUCGCGAGAUUGUUUAUAUACGUCGGCUCUCGGAGGAUGGUCGACAUGCGACACGCAUUGAGAUCAAACCUUCCAACGAGUCAAUCACAUAUGGCAGUACGAAUGCCAUCACAGCCAAUGGCAGUGGUGGCGGCGGCUCACGCAAUCCUAUGGGUCGUGCGAUUGGAAAUGGAUCUCACAGCGCUGCUUACGUAAAGCGAUCCUCCAGCACGAGCAUGGCCGAGCACAAUCGCCACUCGGUUGUGAGUGAGGGCGCUGGUGGUAUUGCAGGAGGUGGACUCGGCACGAAACUUCCACCACCUUUGGCGAAUGGCAGUGCAGAUCAUAUCUGCUGGCGGAAGUUUACGGUGAACCCGCAAGAAUACUCGACGGAGUUGUGAGCUGUUAGGCCCGAAAGCAGGCGCAAGUGCCUUUGCGAUGAAGCAAAUAUGAAUAUUUAAUAUAUAGAAAAUAUACAUACAACAACAAAAGACUUUUUCCGUACCCAAGACAAAUUCGUUAUAAAAAAUAUAUAUGUUUAAAUAUUUGUAAUUAAUGUAGUGAAGUAUUAGUAGCUAACAAGACAACUAGUAGUUGUAGUUGUAGUUGUAGUAGUGUAAUUGAUAAAAAGACAGAAAACAAAAAACUCUUAGACAAUUCCAAAUUGAUUUUCAAUACUUGUCGCAUACUAUACAUAUUUUUUUAAUUAAGACAAAUAAAAUCAUACUUAAUUAUUAAUACCUAUAAGAAACUUUGUAAAUAAUUAACUAAAAUUUAUUUAAGAAUUAAAAAUUAAUGCUACAUUGUAUAAGCUUUAAUUGAAGAAUUCAUAUCUUAAAACGAUACUAACGAAUUAAAUUAAGAAAAAAACAAACUGCGACAAAAACUUAUUUUGUUUAAGUACCUAAGACAAUGUAAGAAAUAAGCUGAGCGAGAAAGCACAAUAUUUUUUUUUUUUACUAAUGCAAGGUAGUCACCACGAACAGAAAAAAUCUUAUAUAAAAAAUAAAUAAAUUUUUUCAACUCCCAUGAGAAUUUGAAAGCUUUAGCGCGCAAAAGUAUGCAACAGAAAAAAUAAAGAGUAAACGCAUUUGUACAAUAUAAUUUUAUUACAUAAUAGUGCAGCUAAAAUUUAAGGUGAUGAAAAAAAUUGUUGAUUCCAAAACUAUAGAGUAAUGCACGCUUGUAACGCAGCAGAAUAAGUUUUUACUAAUAAUCAAAUACUUUUUUUUUUUCAAAGACCAUAAGGAUACAUUUGUAUAAUAUUGAAUUUAUUAUAUUAUGUUAUGCCAAUAAUUGAAUUUAUCCUUGUUAUGUAUGUGCUGCAUCAAACAAAGAAAUAUGCAACGAAUAAUAUUCUAUUCCAUAUAAAAAGUAAUAAUUCUAUUGAGAAGUGAAUAAAAUGUAUAAAUAGGAGAAUGUGAAACGAACAGAUUAA